UCGACUCAUGAUCAUAAAAAAUGAUCAACACUCAAAGACUAGACUGAAGUCAAAAGUAGUGCUGAAGAUCGAGAGCGCCCACCCUUCCCUGUGAAAGUGUCAAGUAACUACUGACAACCAAGUGACAUUAUUCAACUGCAAAAAUGGACAAUGCUGAUUUGGAAAAGUUGUCGAUAAAACCGGGUGUGCUGAGCCCUAAAUUUCAUGUCAACACAACAGAAUAUGGAGUGACCCUUCCCUGCAAUGUGGAGAAGUUGACUGUCGACUGUUUAACAAGUGACAGCAAUGCGUCUUGUCAAAUUUUGGGAAGUGGUGGAGAGAGGACUCUUCCACUUAAAGAGGGGGAUGUCACUGCCAUAAAGAUUGAGGUGUCAGCUGAAGAUGGUACAACCAAACUGUACCAGAUUAACGCAAAGAGACUUUCAGCUAGUGACGCUUCUUUGACAGGAAUCAAAGUAUCCAGUGGUGCCUUACAGCCGGAGUUUAGCUGCGAUGUUUUGGAGUAUAUCUGUGCAGUUCCAAGCUCCACAACAACUAUUACUGUGACCCCUAUUGUUCCUGAUAAGAAGACAGGGGUCAAAGUGUGUGGGUCAGAUCCAGGGUCAGAGGUCAGUCUCAAUAUUGGGCAGACAGAGGUCAGCAUUGAGGUCACUUCAGUUGAUGGGUCAAAUAAGCAGGUCUACUCAGUCAGCGUAAUCAGAAAGUGGUUCAGUCAAGCAGUCACCUUCAUUGAUCCGAACCAAGCACUGAAGUUUGAAUGUCCCAUCACCUUAGCCCCCCUCUACCGUCCCGUAAGCAUAUCGGGCUCAGAUCCUAAGCAUGUCUUCAGCGAACCCAUCAUAGAUGAACUCACUAAGACAUCAAAGCAGGAUCCGUUAGAUGCCACUCCCCUUGACCCUGAGUGGAAGGUCACAGAGAGGGCGCUAGACAAGGAGAUCUCCGGGGCCAUUGUAAAAUGCCCGUACAGCUUUCUAGGAUGCGAGUCAAAAGUCAAAUUGUCUGAACUUGGCAGCCAUGUGAAAAGUUGCACCCUCAAACCAAAGACUGAUACAGAAGUCCCUGGAGAAGCAGACACAUGUGGAGAUUGCAGCAGGAAGGUUUUGAAGGGUGAAAGUGACUGGCAUAAAGCCAACUUGUGUACCAGUAAGCACUCAGAUAGAGACAUCAAACACUCAAUUAAGGAUCAUUCUUGGGAGAAGAGUCUUCAUCAGACUGGAGGAUCUGGCAGCCAGGAUGAGGCUAAGAAGCAGAUUGGACUAUACAGGAAGAGCCUGCCAAAACAAGGACAGGCAGGCAGGAUCCAGGGAGGGAAAUCUCCCUUGGAUUAUUUGCAAGUAGCUGCCGUCAAUCUAGCUCUAGCCAUGAAGCAGAGCCCUAAGCAAGCCAGUCAUCAUUUCCAGUUAGGACUCGUUUUGGAGGAGCAUUAUUAUGCACAAGAUAUGUUUGGCUACAAAACUGAGGAAGAUGAUGUUGGCCUGGGAAUGGCUUCCCUUAGCUUGGAUGCCAAAGCAAGCAGCAAAGAGGAUGACAUCCAGGCUAUCUGCGUACAGCGAGGGGCAGGAUCCAAUGCUCCACUGGCUCGACAACUACAAGCCAUCGAUGAAGAGUACAAGUUCCUCUUGGAUUCUGGGCAGUCGGGGAAAGCAGACUACGUCCAGGGGUUGUAUAUAUGGAAGUCUAAACAAGCUCUCCAGGAUGGGCGGGCAGCUCAGGCAGCCUCCGAUCAAGAGACGCCCCUCGGGCAAGCUUACCUCAAAUACCUAGAUGCCCUGUCCCUUGAUCAGAAUAAUGCCAUCUACAAUGUCCAUGUGGGUCGCCUACUUCUCCUACAAGGCAAACCUGAUGAGGCCUUGAUCAGACUUCAGCUAGCCGUGGGAUUGAAACCCAAUCUAACUAUUGCAAGGUUUUACCUCGGCCUUGCUCUUGCUCAGCAGAAAGGAGGAGUUGGAAAUCGAGCUAAAGAAGCCAUCACAUAUCUCCAUGAUGGCUGGAUGUAUCUCCUGCAGUGUGUUACACUAAAGGCGGAGUCCGAUUCCGAUAGUGUCGUUGACCUUCCUCUGCAUUCUGAGGAUCUUUGGCGAUCCAGCAACAUCCAACUCUAUCGUGGGUGUGUCACACUGGGAGGACUCCUUAAGAUAUCACAACUGCCAAACAAAAUGGCAGCACAGAAUGUAUUCCACAGUACAGCGUUACUUGCGUCCCAAAACCUGUGUUCUCUGGUGUCUCGAGGUGACACUUAUCAAUCCUUGGAGUGGAUCCUCCUGGAUUGUCACUCCAAUCUCCUUGAGAUGCUGCAAGAGACCAAUCCAGGGAAUACGUCUUGGAUUGCUCAACGAUGUCAGCAAGUCACUGCUCUUAUAAGAUGUUCAUCCCUACCCCAAAGCAUUGAAAUACUCCAGUUGCAGGAGAAGACGUGCCAGAAGGGUGUGAUAGCCCAGCCUACAUCCAGCCAGACACUGUGCCAACUUGGAAACUCUCAGCUUGCUAUGUAUGAUAACGAUCCAGCUGCAGAGUCUGGCAAGAAGGCGCUGGUUGAUGCUAGACUGUCAUACCGAGCUAGUAUAGCACAGGAAGGGAAAGCCAUCACUGGCAGAGACAUCCCGGAGCAACUCAAGGAUCAAGCUUGGUGGCAGAACAAACUGAAAGAAGAGGAAGCCAAGAAAGCAGCAGCUGAGAAAGCCAAAACACCUGCAACAGGAGCGACUAAGGUACCAGCGGGUAGAGCGCCUGCAGCAAGAGGGAGAGGGCCACCUGCAGCAAGGGGUGCACCUGCAGCAAGGGGUGCACCUGCAGCAAGGGGUGCACCUGCAGCAAGGGGUGCACCUACAAGAGGAGGGGCAACUACAAGGGGUGCUGCAGCAAGGGGUGCUUCCAGGGGAGCAGCACGAGGGGCCGCUGCACCCAAGGGAUCUUCCACUCUAGCAAGAGGGGGUGCAGCAGCCCGUGGAGGUGCAGCUGCCAAGACACCAGCUAAGGCAGCCCCUAAAGUAUCCCCAUCAAACAGUGCAACCAAAGUAGCAACCCCUGCAAAAGCAAAUGGAACAGUCACUGCCAAGACACCAGAAGUCAAGCCUGCUGAUACAGCCAAGCAGGCAGCUCCUGUUUCAAGCAAUGGUCCGCUGAAUCGCAUCACACACCCAGCACGACUUGGACUCGCAAGAGCCCUUGCUAAAGAUGCAGACGAUACUACCGAAGCUCAGAUGCUGUAUAAUGAUGUCAUUGUAAUGGCUCCUCAGGUCCACGAUGCUUACAUUGAGCUGGCUGAUCUUGUGGUCAAGACUGAACCCUUAAAAGCAGUAGAUGUUUACGACCGAUUCCCUUUCCCUGAGGAGUCCUCGUUUGACGAUGCGUACCUACACGGUGAGGCUGUACGACUUCUGAUGAAGCAUGAACAGUUCGAUGACACCAGGCUGAUAAAGCACAUGAUCUCCUGGGGGAGGGUCAUGGGAAUCGGAUGUCUGGAGAAGUAUGUUGAAAUCCUGGAUGCUAAAUUCAAGUCCAAGCUCUUGAUGACUGUCUACGCGGGAGUGAAUCGAAAGACGGUGGAGGACCCAGAUAUGCAAGCAUUUUUCAAAUUCAAAAUGUGGCUUUGAGAAGCAAGUUUAUGCUACUCAGUGAGAGAACACUAAUGGACACGUUUUGAAGAACUGAAGGGUGUCAGGUCUCGGCAUUCUAAUGCACUGACCCAACUCAAGUUCUGGGAUAUACGUAGACCGUAUUGAAUAUGCAGCACUGUUUAAAUAUCUUCCCUUCUACAUGGUGUCUGUGCGCGUGAGUGCGUGGAUGUGCCCUAGAAAUCAAACCAGGAAUGUCGUGUGCUGCGUGCUUCAUUGAUGUA